UACAUGGAAGACAACUCCCACAGUUUUGGACACUUCCGGGAACCGGACUACACCGGCUCAUAUUCGCCUUGGUCAUGUGACACCUUCGGUUCCUACAUUGGCAGCAAAGAUAUAAAGUCCAAGGAGGGCAUGAACUCCAUGGACACACAAAAUAUAGACAAAGGCAAAAGUCUGAGAGCACAUGGCUUGGAGCUUCAGCGCAGAGCAGCAGAUGUCAAAGACGACGACCCCAUCAUUCCCUUUGGCUCCCUGCCCACCGUGUCUCGUUUUGGGGCCAUCUCGCGCACGUCUAAACCGGGCUACCCGCCAAACAGUCCCAUGCCACCCUUGCCAAAGUCAGCCAAGCACACCGCUUCAGCUGCUGACUACUCCUAUGCGAAUCACAGCGGGUGGAGAGGCGACUCUUACCAGUCACACCAAACGUCUCAGGGGCACUUCAGCGAGCGAUCCAGUUUAUCCCCUGCCGUGCAGGCGCGUGAGCAGCUGAGGAUGGAGCUACAGCAGGUCAACCUCCAAAUCAGCCAACAGACGCAGAGUCGCGGCCUGGAGGUGAGACUGUCUGCCCUGCUGGAUGUGUCAUUUUAUAGGCCUGUUCACAUCUUGUCCGAUCUAACUAAAUGACACCAAAAUAUAAACUAUUCACUUAAA